AUGGUGAUCACCCUGAUGCUCCUACUCAGUAGCCUCACACCCUUCCAGACAACUGCGGAUGAAUUCUGCGACAACGUUAAGUUUCUCGCCGCCACCCUACCCAACAAAAUCUCCUCAUCUCCCGUACAAUUUGCCACCGCCACCAUUGGAAAGUCCCCUGACAUCGUCUACGGGCUCGCGUUCUGCCGUGGCGAUGUCCUUAAUGACACCGCCUGCGCCAAGUGUCUCACCAACGUAUUGACCUUGGUGCAAAACGCUACGCCGCCGGAAAUAGAGUGCUUCAGCGUUGCCUCCUACUACAGCGAUUGUAUGCUUUUCUACGACUUCAAGAACAUCCUUUCUCUUUCAUCUAUAAAUAUUUCGGUAGGAGAAAACGGUGGCGACCCUCCGUUCCAGAGGUGGAAUGUCAAGAACGACGUCCGCCUCAUUGGCGGAGUCCUCAUCCAGGAGCUGCUUGUGAAGACAGUCGAAGAGGCGGCCAGCAGGACCCCGAGACGAUUUGCUACCGCCGUCAUGGACAGCGGCAGAGACUUCCCGAAGGUGUACUCCAUGGCGCAGUGCACGCCGGAUUUGUCUACUGGCGACUGUCUGGCAUGCCUGACUCAUCUCCUCGGGAUGGUCAACUUCACUAUGUACCUGCGCGUAGGGGGGCAGAUGGGUGCCAUCCGUUGUUUCUUAAGGUACGAGCCGCAUUUGUUCUACCAUGGUGAACCCAUGCUGCACCUCGAGACGUCAUUGGGGACAUCACCGGCAGGGCCAGCUCCAACUCCGACAGAACACAAGAGGCGUAUGCUUAAGGCGUGGACAAUUCCCGUAGCUGUCGCUGUUCCUGUAGCGGCAGCAGCAUUCAUGUGCUGCACCAUUUAUUCUCAUCGGAUCAUAAAGCAAAGAAAAAGUAAAGUAAGUAGGUUCCAAAGAGCAAUACCUUCUCGGGAUUUGGAUGGGGAGGAACAACUAGUUUGGCAAGAGAAGAAUUCCGAGUUUUUGGUGUUUGACUUGAAACAGCUACUAGAGGCCACAAACAAUUUUUCAGAAGAAAACAAACUUGGACAAGGUGGUUUUGGCGCAGUGUACAAGGCAAAGUUUCCUGGGGGGUUGGAUAUGGCAGUCAAGAGACUUGCUUCACACUCAGGACAAGGUUUCAUUGAGUUCAAAAAUGAAGUUCAGCUCAUCGCCAAACUCCAGCAUAUGAAUUUGGUUAGGCUCUUAGGAUGUUGUUCGCAAGAAGGAGAGAAAAUAUUGGUCUAUGAAUACUUGCAAAACAAAAGCUUGGAUUUCUUUAUUUUUGAUGAAAACAGAAGACGUUUACUUGAUUUUUCGAAAAUUGUAGCAAUAAUUGAUGGAAUAGCUGAUGGACUUCUUUAUCUACAUAAACAUUCACGGUUGCGAGUAAUACAUCGUGAUCUUAAACCAAGCAACAUUCUCUUGGAUAGCGAAAUGAAACCAAAAAUCUCAGAUUUUGGGCUAGCAAAAAUAUUUAUCUCAAAUAACACCGAAGGAAACACUACAAGAAGAGUAGUUGGUACAUAUGGCUACAUGGCCCCCGAGUAUGCUUCGGAGGGUGUCUUCUCUAUCAAAUCUGACGUCUUCAGCUUUGGAGUUAUUAUUUUUGAUAUUCUUACUGGAGAAAGGAAUUGUAGAAGCCAACAUUGUGGAGAUUUCAUCAAUCUCCUUGGAUAUGCAUGGAAAUUAUGGGAAGAGAGAAGGUGGAUUGAUCUCGUUGAUGCAUCGUUGGUUCCUAGUAGUCAUUCAACAAAGGUGAUGCGCUACAUUAACAUAGCAUUGUUGUGUGUACAAGAGAAUGCAGCUGACCGACCAAGCAUGACCGAUGUUGUUGCAAUGUUAAGCAAUGAGACAAUGAUCAUGUCUCAGCCUAAGCAGCCCGCAUAUUUCAACUUAAGGGUUGGAAAUGAAGAGCCAUCUGCAGCUAUCGAGACACAUAGUAUUAAUGAUAUGACUUUAUCUGUCAUAAUACCUAGAUAG